CGCGGGAAGUUGCAAGUUCAGUGGCUUUGUUUUUCCGUCUUGGACAGAGACUGGAAGGGCUUAUCGAUGGCGGGCCGACGAGGGGCUUUGAUUGUCCUGGAGGGGGUGGACCGAGCUGGCAAAAGCACACAGAGCCGAAGGCUGGUGGAGGCCCUGUGGGCAGGAGGGCAUCGGGCCGAACUUCUCAGGUUUCCUGAAAGGUCAACAGAAACUGGUCAGCUAAUAAGUUCCUACUUGGAAAAGAAGAACAACUUGGAGGACCACACAGUGCAUUUACUGUUUUCUGCUAAUCGUUGGGAGCAAGUGCCAUUUAUUAAAGAGAAAUUAAGCCAGGGUGUAACUCUAAUAGUGGACAGAUACGCCUUUUCUGGAGUAGCCUUCACAGGUGCAAAAGAAAACUUCUCCUUGGAAUGGUGCAAGCAACCUGAUGUGGGGCUUCCAAAGCCAGAUUUGAUCCUUUUUCUUCAAUUGAGCACAUCAGAAGCAGCCAAACGGGGAGAAUUUGGAAAUGAACGAUACGAGGACACCUCUUUUCAGGAGAAAGUUCUACAGUGCUUUUACCAUCUGAUGAAAGAUAAAUCUUUAAAUUGGAAGUUGAUUGAUGCUUCGAAAAGUGUAGAAGAUUUGCACAAAGAAAUUAAAUCCUUUGCAGAAGAGACUAUGCAAGAAGCUCAGCGCAAACCUCUAGGAGAACUGUGGAAAUGAAAUUGACGUAACUCCUACAGUCAGAUCUUAUUUAAUCAAAUUCUGCACUAUUUGCAUUCACAUACUCAGUAUGUAUCUGCAUGCAUGUGUGUGUAUCUGUUUUGAGAGGCCAAGCUGUUUUUUGUUAAUCUUUACUAUUUAUCAUCUCUAUUCCUCUAUAGAGUGUGGAGUUUUAGAAGAGGGAAGCCUAUCCUUUCCUUAGAAAGCAGUUCUGCAGGGGCUUAGACCUGGAGCAGAAAUGCAUGAAUGGAGUAAUAUCUUCUUUAUUCCAUUUAGAGAGACUUAAUAUGUUCAACACUCUACUUUUUAUAGAGUAAAAGUGUGUGUGUGAGUGCAUUAACUUAGUCUCACUAUAGUAAGAUUGUGUGUAUGUGUAGUAAAAUAAUUCCAUUUGUAAUAUGCAGAGUAAGUUUAUCAAUAAAAUAUUUUCAAGCAUGCAGUGGGCAUGUUUGGCUAAUGGUACUUAAUAAGCCGAGGUAUUUACAAGAUAUAUUUGAGAUUCUUAAGGAAGUUUGAUGCCAUUGAUGUAAGAGCUUAAAAUAUACUUCCUGUAUAGAUGCUGAUAAUAAUUCCCCAAACUGACAUAGAGACUUCCAGGUAUUAUCACUGUAGGAGGACAACCAUAUUAGUCUUUGGUAGCCAAAAAUCAGGAGGAGUCUGGUAGCACCAUUUCAGACUAACAAUAUAUUCUAUUGCAUAUUGAAUUAAAGCAAAAUAAUAAAAGUUUUUUGUGCCAAUUGAUAAGAGUUUUGUCAGGAAUAUCUAUUGGAAGAGUUUGAAAUACAGGUGGGCCCUGGGUUAAGAACACCUGGGUUACAGACCACCCAUAGUUAAGAAUGGAGCCUAUUGUAGCAAAAUUCAAGAUAAAUACACAGUGAUUCUAGUUAAAUACACAAUGGUUUGAGUUCAUUAUACAAUACUUAUACAGGAUUAUACAAUACUGUAUUUAUAUUGAAUCUCCUUUAUCAAUAGUUCUGCAAGAGAUUUAAAUGCAAUUCUUUAUUGUAAAGUAGUUUGGCUAAAGUCUUAAUAAAACAAAACAUUUAUUUCAAGUUUCUUUCUUUCUGUUUAUGAGCUUCCUGAAUAAUUUUGUCUCUAUAUGUUAAGAAAUGUAAUUAAAGUAUCGCUUGAUCUAUUGAAUUUUGCUAGCCUGGAAUUUGAAUUCUGUGCACUUCAGAGUAAUGUACUUCUGGGAAGGGAUCAUUACAUAUGUUACUAUGUAAUUCAUCACAUCAUUCUUAGCUUUUUUGCUAAUACCUCUGAUAUGGAGGUUGCUUCAUUUGUUAGAGACUUCAAAAUUUGCUAGAGAUAUUUUAACCUCAAUG